CCGGGCAGACGGCGCGGAGGCUGCGGUGGCAGUGGCCGCGGAGCUGGCCCUGCGGGGCCCCUGGGGGGAGGGGGAGCCGUCAAGCCCCCGCUGAGGCCGCCGCUACCGGGCCUCCCCUCCCCCCGGGGCGGGCGCCAUGCGGGGAGGCCCGGGCGAUGCGGAGCGGCGUCAGCGCUGGGGUCGCCUCUUCGAGGAGCUGGACAGUAACAAGGAUGGUCGCGUGGACGUCCACGAGUUGCGCCAGGGACUGGCCCGGCUGGGCGGGGGCAACCCGGACCGCGGAGCACAACAGGGCAUCUCCCCUGAGAGUGAUGCUGACUCAGAUGGUGGCCUGGACCUGGAGGAGUUUAUCCUGUAUCUGCAGGAGCGGGAACAGCGCCUGCUACUUCUGUUCCACAGUCUGGACCGGAAUCAGGAUGGUCACAUCGACGUCUCUGAGAUCCAGCAGAGUUUCCGAGCUCUGGGCAUUUCCAUCUCUCUGGAGCAGGCAGAGAAAAUCCUGCACAGCAUGGACCGUGAUGGUACCAUGACCAUUGACUGGCAGGAAUGGCGUGACCACUUCCUGUUGCACUCGCUGGAGAAUGUGGAAGACGUGCUGUAUUUCUGGAAGCAUUCCACGGUCCUGGACAUUGGCGAGUGCCUGACUAUCCCGGAUGAGUUCUCGGAGCAGGAGAAGCUGACUGGCACGUGGUGGAAACAGCUGGUGGCGGGUGCGAUGGCGGGUGCCGUGUCCCGGACGGGCACAGCCCCCCUGGACCGCCUCAAGGUCUUCAUGCAGGUCCACGCCUCCAAGACUAACCAGCUGAACGUCCUGGGAGGCCUACGGAGCAUGAUCCAAGAGGGGGGCCUGCGCUCCCUGUGGCGUGGCAACGGGAUUAACGUGCUCAAGAUCGCACCCGAGUCGGCAAUCAAGUUCAUGGCCUAUGAGCAGAUCAAGCGGGCCAUCUGGGGGCAGCAGGAGACGCUGCAUGUGCAGGAGCGCUUUGUGGCUGGCUCCCUGGCUGGUGCCACAGCCCAAACCAUCAUUUACCCCAUGGAGGUACUGAAGACACGGCUGGCGCUUCGCCGGACGGGCCAGUAUAAGGGGCUGCUGGACUGCGCGUGGCGGAUCCUGGAGCGAGAAGGGCCCCGAGCCUUCUACCGCGGCUACCUGCCCAACACGCUGGGCAUCAUCCCCUACGCGGGCAUCGACCUGGCCGUCUACGAGACCCUGAAGAACCGGUGGCUCCAGCAGUAUAGCCACGACUCAGCCGACCCGGGCAUCCUCGUGCUCCUGGCCUGCGGCACCAUUUCCAGCACGUGUGGCCAGAUAGCCAGUUACCCCCUGGCCCUGGUCCGGACCCGCAUGCAGGCCCAAGGGUCAUCCGUGCGUAAGACAGAUGUGGUCCUCCACCCUCAAAGAGCUCCCAAGCUGGCGAGGAAGGAAGAUGCCUCCAUCGAGGGAGCCCCCCAGCUGUCCAUGCUGGGUCUGCUCCGUCACAUCCUGUCCCAGGAGGGCGUGCGGGGCCUCUACCGGGGCAUUGCCCCCAACUUCAUGAAGGUUAUCCCAGCCGUGAGCAUUUCCUACGUGGUCUACGAGAACAUGAAGCAGGCCCUGGGGGUCACGUCCAGGUGAGGGACCCAGAGCUCACCCCUCCCCCAGAUCCCUCACCUCCAUCAUGACAUCCCCCACACCUCGGCCACUGGAGACCGAGGACCCAGCCAGUGGAUCCCAGGUCCCCCCCGCCACGCAUUCAGACCACAGGAUACCCACACUUCAUCCACUGGGUCCGGCAUCCCCACAUCCCAGCCACUGGAUCCUACGUGUUUCCCUCUCCCCCAACACAUACCGAGUCCUGGACCUCCACGUCGUAACCACUGGAUCCCCCACAACCCAGCUAAUGGAUCCUGAUACCCCAGCCACAGCAGCACAUACCCUGUAUCUAAGCCCCCAGACCCCAGCUGCCUCAGGCACCACCAGAUCCAGUGUCCUCAGGCAGUACUGGAUCCUAGAUCCACUGGCAGAUCCUAGAUCCC